GAUUUGAAUCAAGAUCACAACAACCAUGGAUAUUGAUGGAAGUCUCCUGGCGCUCAGUAUCAGCGAGUUUCAAACGGCGGUGGACAUCGAUACCAGUAUUUCCAGUGAUGCAAUGGAAGUCGACUCGAUCUCCGACCUUCACAACGAUGUGUCUUCAAUAGAAACGAUCAGGGAGCACGACCUCAACACCAGCACUCCCAUCAAAAGAAUGGAUAUUGAAGUGGACGCUGAAAACCUGAGUUUCGUGCUGGCAUUGUCACUGGCCCUUCUACUGCCCACUACUGUGGGCGCCAAGUACGCUAUGAAGCUUCUUCCAGCACCAGAGUCUACAGCGAAUGAAGAUGACGAAAUUGAUACCACCACCGUCAGAACCCUUGUGACACGCCACAUCAACUCGUUCUCGAGUAACAGUGACAACUCGGUGUUUCUCGACAGGGAGCCUGAGUUUGUGUACAACCCAUCCAAGCAGGACUACGACGAGGAAGAUAUCUAUAGCAAUUCGAUGAACCAAUCGUACUUGUACAGACGGUACAACCGCAUGUCACCCACACCCACACCAAUAAUGCCCACGACGGUACCACGGGAUGAGGACCUCAGUCGGUACAGCAACAUGUCGACGCCAACGUCGAUCCAGGUCCAUCACCACCACUACUACUGCUCUCCCAAUAAGUCUGUUGACACCACCCAAAACGACACCAGCUACAUGAGCGUCAACAGCUUCAGCCACAGCGUCAACAUGCUUGAGGAUGUAAAGCUCCCAUCGCCAUGGAAACAAGAAAGUAUUCCCAAGGAGAAGUAUCCGUACAUCAUCUCGACAUAUUUGCAAUUGCUGAUUAAUUUUGGUGUGAGUAUCUACGGCAUUUAUCUCAUUUACAACAUUAUCAGGACUAUUCGCAAGGACAUCGACGUCAAGAUUCUCCAGCAGUCGGUGCAGUUGGCACUUGAGAUCGAGGAGUGCACCAAAAAGUACCACGAUAAUAACUGUUCUCCUGAUCUCAUUGUGCCGGCGCUUGAGAAGCACUGUAGCUACUGGCUUAGUUGUAUGAACCAGAAUCUGCAUCCCAAUUUCAGCGGUAAUAAGUCGAGCAUUAGUGCGGAGACACUCGGGUUGAUCUUGAACUCGCUCAUUGAACCGUUGGGAUUCAAGUUUUUCGUGAUACUCUUUUCAUUUUUGGUGAUGGUAUUUGCGUUAAACUUUAUAUUUGGGUUUAUCCGCGCCAAGACGUACUACGGUGAGCAGCCGACCCCCGAUAGUGCGGGAAAAUAG